GUGGCGAGCUCAAACCCAAAGAGAUCCGGCAGAUGAAAUGAUGGACGAGAUGUCGCAGAGCGCGGAGCUUCUGCGACUCCAGCGAAAACUCCGGGUGAUGGAGAACGACCGGCGAGCUUACGAGGAAGAUUCCAGAAACUUUCUCAGGAAACAAGAGUGCGAGAUAGAAUCACUUUUAAAAGAGAACAUUGAGAUCAGAACUGUCCUGAAAUUGGCGAAUAGUGACAAAAACAGGACAAUCGAUAUGCAGGACACAGACCGCCUUAUUGAUCUUUUAGAAAACUUGGAUAUCUACAAUGCUCGGGCAGAUGCUGAGGAGGCGCGGAUCAAAGAACUCGAUGACGAGAUAAAGGCCCUUGACCAUAGUAUCACAUCGUAUAAAAAACAAAAAGGUGGAGUCACGGAGGCCAUGGAGGAAAAGGCCAUUCAAAAAACACUACGAAUAAUGGAAAACAGAUUGGAUAAGGAAAUGGUCAAGUUUAACCAACAAUUAUCAGUAAAUGCUCGCUUGCGAAAGGAAAUCGAUCACUUCAGACAAGAUCGAUUGGUUUUUAAUGGUUUGUCUAAGAAACUUACCAAAGAGUUGAAUGAAACCAGGAAAGCCAUGAAUGAGGUUGUGACGGAGGCGUCUCAAGCUUACGAGGAAAGAGACGAGGCUCAAAAUAAAAUGCUGGCAUUAAAAGAGAGAAGUGAAAAGGACAUGGCGCAGCACGAAUUAGAAAUGAAGGAACUUGAUCGCAUCAUUGACCACGAUAAUCGUCUGAAGGAGUUUAUGAUGUUUAAGGCAUGUGAACGUACAGAGUACAAGGAAGAAGAGGAGGCAAAGAAGAAGAAAUGUUCCGGUGGUGACAAAGAUACAGACGCAGAAAAGUUACAAAUUAAAACUUUGGAGGAGGCUUUUCAGCGAAUUCGCGAGGCGACAGGCGAAGACAGUAUUGACGUCAUUGUCAAAAAUUUCAUCCGGCGAGAGAACGAAAAUUUCGCUCUCUUUAAGUAUGUCAACGAAAUCAGCGACGAAGUGGAGCUUUUGCAGGACGAAAUCCACUCCAUGCAGAAGGAAAUCAAACAGUUUGAGAAAGACGACAUCAAAAACGAAAGCGUUCGUGCUCAAAUGCUUAAAGAUCUGGAGGAAAAGAGCGAGAAAAUUAGGGCCCAAAAGGAAGCAGCCGAGAAGAAAAAUGUCCUGGUGAACAAAGUUCUAGACGAGUUGCGGAGUGGGGUAGGACAACUGUUCCGAGCCAUCCAAUGUGACUCGUCUGUCAUCCAGGAGAUGCUUGGGAGUGACGACCGAGUCACUAAUAAAAACAUACUCCAGUACAUGGGCAUCAUAGAACAGAAGACCAUGGAGCUCCUGCAGGCCCAGCAGUACCUUCAAAUGAAGCUGAAUCCACCAAAACAGGAAAAGAAAGGUGAACCCGCGCCAUCAGUGAAUCCUCAAGCCCAGAAAGUGGACCUACCGCCAGUUGUUUCUAUACAACCUCCCAAUGCUGGGUAA